GCCGGAUCCCCUGAAAACGGGUCCCCCUUUUCAAUUUAUGCACUGCAAAUAUUUCUUAAGCCAAUCACUUUGAUUCCUCUCUCUCUCUCUCUCUCUCUUCUGCGAAUUGCCCUUCGCUGCAUAAUUAACAGCCAUGGCUUCUACUUCUGCUUCAGCUACCAGUUUUAAAUCCUUCGAAACUAUGGCGAUUUCGAAUAACAACUAUGGCUAUUCUCACUCACUCAGACCUAAUACAAACCAUUUCUUGAAAUUCAAGCCGAGUUUCAGCUCCAAUUUUCUGUCUCUCUCCGUCACCACAAAAUUGCCCAGAAGAAAAUUUCAAGUGAAAUCGAUUGCUGCUCCGACGGAAUCAAUAUCAGGCUUCGAGGAAAUGGUAACUGGUACUCAGCGUAAAUAUUACAUGCUUGGUGGAAAGGGCGGAGUUGGAAAAACUAGCUGUGCCGUAUCACUUGCUGUUAAGUUUGCAAAUAACGGUCACCCUACACUAGUUGUUUCGACCGAUCCCGCACAUUCUUUGAGCGAUUCUUUCGCCCAGGAUUUAACCGGUGGAACGCUAGUAGCUGUUGAAGGUCCCGUUUCGCCACUUUUUGCACUUGAGAUAAACCCUGAAAAAGCAAGGGAGGAAUUUCGAAAUGUUAGCCAAAGUAACGGUGGGACUGGAGUCAAAGAUUUCAUGGAUGGCAUGGGUCUAGGUUUGAUUGCCGAUCAGCUCGGGGAAUUAAAGCUUGGAGAGUUGCUGGAUACACCUCCUCCUGGUUUAGACGAAGCUAUUGCAAUUUCAAAGGUUAUUCAAUUCCUCGAAUCACAAGAAUACAACAUGUUCACUCGGAUAGUGUUUGAUACCGCCCCGACGGGUCAUACAUUACGACUUUUGUCUCUGCCAGAUUUCUUGGAUGCAUCGAUUGGGAAGAUAUUGAAGUUAAAGCAGAAGAUAUCUUCGGCUACUUCAGCUAUAAAGUCCGUCUUUGGCCAGGGAGAAAAUAAACCAGACGCUACCGACAAAUUAGAGAAAUUAAGAGAAAGAAUGAUAAAAGUGAGAGAGCUUUUUCGUGAUACAAGCUCUACCGAGUUUGUAAUUGUGACAAUCCCCACGGUGAUGGCAAUCAGUGAAUCGUCAAGAUUAUGUGCUUCGUUGAAAAAAGAAAGUGUUCCUGUCAAGAGGCUAGUUGUUAACCAAAUCCUUCCUCAAUCUGCCUCCGACUGCAAGUUUUGUGCAAUGAAAAGAAAGGAUCAAACACGAGCUCUGAGCACAAUCGAGAACGAUCCAGAACUUUCCGAAUUGACAAUGAUACAAGCACCUCUUGUUGAUGUAGAAAUAAGGGGAGUACCUGCUCUUCAGUUUCUAGGGGACAUUGUUUGGAAAUGAAGCCCUUUCGUUUUAUCGGCUAUUGGUGUCUCUUACUACAAAUAUGAAACAGAUAUACAAGCAAGCAUUGCCAGGUGGAAAUUUGCUUAAGCCUAAAUUAUUACAAGAAAGAUGAAUAUAUAUAUAUAUAUAUAUAUAUAUACCCUUUUUUUUUUAACACAAGGGAGUUAGAUAACAAAACUAAGGGAGAUAAGAGUGAUCAUUGAACCAACAUCUUCUUUCGAAAUAUUCGUCUGUAAAUUAAACCGAUUUUACAUUUACACCUCGUUCGUAUUUCCAUGUAUCGAACUUUUUGUAUUCAUAUUUCUUCAGGGAUUCAAGGAUCAAAUUU